GAAAAGAUUAAAUGUGAUUAAUGGAUGGAAAAAUGACGUUUUCCGACAGUUUCGCAUUGUUAUCGUGCCGAUUAUUUUCUAAAGUUUUUACGAGGAGAAAUUUGUUGUGUGCUAGUGCAGGAAAACUUCAUAUGGAUAGUAAGGAUGAAGCUAAAUCAACCAUGGAGAUUGUCAACAUCCCACCCAUCAUUACGACGUACCGGCAGGCGUUGCACACUUUCGACCAGAAGUUCAAAAACGAAUUUUCGACCAACUUGAUCAAGCUAAAAAGUUUGAUGGACCGCCUUAGAGCUGACGACCUGGGUUUCGACCACAGCUUGAAUGACCCGGGGACUUGGAACAAACCGAAUAAAGCGCCUUGCACGUACAUUGAAGUUUUUCAAAAUAGUUUAGUCAACAUGAGUAUAUUCGUGCUGAAACCUGGGUUUAAGAUGCCUUUACACGAUCAUCCACAUAUGCACGGACUUUUAAAAGUGAUUUCAGGUGAAGUUAGGAUAAGAAGUUUCACUGAGUACCCGUUGAAGGAAGCUGUGAGUUCCAUGGACUUUGCCGCCCGCGCGAAGCACGAGGCUGCUCGAAUCGCCCAAGGUUUCCACAAAAGGCGAAGAUUCUUCGCCCAAGUUAGUCAAGACCACGUAUGUACAGCUAGUUCACAGACUUGUGUUCUCACACCGACAAUUUCAAACUACCAUGAAAUAGAAGCUUUAAGCUCCCCAGCAGCAUUUUUCGAUAUCUUGUCCCCACCUUAUGAUACAUUGUUAGAAGAUAUUGGGCCGAGAAGGUGUCGGUAUUAUUACGUAGCUAAUGAAGUGAGCACCAGUGUAGUGGAGCUUCAAGAAACUAAUGUACCAGAUUGCUUUUACUGUGAUCAAGCACCUUACUUAGGGCCCAUGCUUGUAUAGCAUUAGUUAGGAUAUUUAUCAGAAUGUAUGUAUUUCAAAUAAGUUGAUUGCUGUCAAAAUAAAUAUAGCUUAUUGCUGAAGCACAGCAUAAUUCAGUGUUUAGAAAUAUUACACCAAAAAGUCAAUACUAUUUUGUGUCUUAAAAUCUUAUUGCAUUCAAUCAAAGAUGGAUUCAAUAAAGAAAACCAAGUUGAUUUUCUACUGUUUAAUUUUUUUCCUAGUUCAUUUCAUAAUAGUUUUGUCGUAAAAAUAAUUAUAAAAGUAGUUGAUUAAGCUGUGUUUUUUUUGUACAUAUUAAAAAAAAUUAGGAAACAAAUUUAAUAAUACUUACUAAUACUUAAUAAAACUUAUUUGAAAUGCAUAGAAUUGCUUAGGUUCCAGUACAUAUUGGCCCAUUGCUUUUGGUGAAUGCCGGCUAGUGUAUAAACUCUUAAGUCGGAAAGUCCUUGAGUGGAGACCGCGUUUAAGCAAGCAUAGUGUGGGACGCGCUCCAGCGACGAUGGACCGACGCGACGAUAAAAAGCGGCUGGCGGGAAGUGGCUGGAUGAAGAUGGCUGAGGACCGGCUGUGGUGGCGCUCUAUGGGGAAGGCCUAUGUCCAACAGUGGACGUCCACAGGCUGAUGAUGAUGAUGAUGAUGUAUAAACUCUGGGAAUUGCGCCCAGAUCUUUGACAUUUGUAUGAUAAUCUACAAAACAUAACUGGCAAUAGUCAAUUGCCAAUGUAAAUACACUGAGGCCGAAAUCUAUAGAAUGCACUUAGAUUUUGCUCAGACUUAAGACAUUGUUAAAACGAGACAGAGUUAUACUGCUAGCAUAAAUCUGUCUCGUUCUGAAAGUCUAACCAAAGUCAAAGUGCACUUUAUAGAUUUUAACAUGAGUGUGAUGGGCCAAUGUGUAGUAUGCUUUUAAGUCAUUAUAGCAUUGUGUGAUAUAAGCCUUGCUUAAGUAACGCUUGUCCAUGACUUAAGUUGUGCAAUAAAACAUUUUUGCUCCAUAUAUAAAUAGAUUAUUUAAGUCACGGAAAAGUGUUAUAUAAUUCGCACAAGUUAUAAAAUAAUAUACUUAUGAUACUUGUGACUUGAGCAAAUUUCAGGUUGACAUUUAUAGUGCAUUUUAACUUUGCUGAAACUUACGACAUUGUCAAAACAAGACAAUGUUAUAUCACUGGCAUAAACCUGUCUUGUUUUACCUAAUUGAAACUUAGGUAUGAGCAAAGACAAAGUAUGGUCUUAUAGAUCUCAGCCUAGCCUAUUAUAGCACAGCGUUUAGUUAAGUCAUUCUGUGCAAUAAUGGAUUAUUUAAGUCACAUAUUGUAAGUACUAUUAAUUUGUAAGGAGUUACCAGGAAGAUAGGUACUAGAUUGAUCUCUGCUCUUCAAAAUAUACAACAUUUAGUGCAAAUGAUUUUGUGCCUUUUAAAUGUUAAUCCAAGGAUAAGAUAAAGGCACCAAGAUAAAAUAUUUGUUUUCUGACUCAAAAUAUUUUUAUUCAAUUAAACUUUUACAAGUGCUUUUGAAUCGUCAAAAUAAUCUACCACUGGUUCGGAAUGCCGUUCCUACCGAGAAGAACCAGCAAGAAACUCGGCGGUUGCUCUUUUCAAGUAUUCAAAGGCUAUUGUAAUCAGUUUUGUAAACUUAUUAAAUACUAAGGCUGACCACACACUGUGGCUAAUUCCGCUGAACCGAUUUUAAUGAAAUUUAGUACAGGGAGAGCGGGCGUCAUCUAGCUUAUAAUAUUAGUACAAAGUAAGAUUUGUAGUUUGUACAUAUUUGUGCUUAG